UUUUUAAAGAUUUUUCAUUUCGUUACUUUUUCUUCUUCUAUUAAGAGAAAAAUGUCGUCAGUUAAGGACAAAAAACUUCAGAAUGAGCUUUGGAAUGAUUUGGCAUCUGGCCUUGAAAGCAUUUACGCUGGUGAUGAAAGAAUGCCGCCACAUCGUUAUAUGGAAUUAUAUACGCAUGUGUUCAAUUUUUGCAGUUCUUCACAUGUUCCAACCGAGACUUCAAGGCGCGGCACUUCAAUCACUCAGAUGCAAACUAGUUUUGUUGGCUCGGAGCUUUACAAUGAACUUAACAUUUUUAUUACAAAAUAUGCACAAUCACUCCGCAUGACUCUUAUCAAUCUUUAUGGUGAUUCUUUGCUUCAACAUUAUACAAAAAUAUGGACAAACUAUCGAUUCGGUUCGACUGUAGUGAAUGGAAUCUUCUCUUAUCUUAACCGACAUUGGAUUCGUCGUGAAAUUGAUGAAGGCAAAUUGGGAAUUUUUGAAGUUUAUAAUAUGGCAAUUAAUAUUUGGAAGCAAGUUAUAUUUACUGAUCUUCAUCAUAAUGUUACUUCUGCAGCUCUAGCGCUGAUUGAACAAGAUCGAAAUGGGGAAAUGAUUCAAACUAAACUUAUUAAAGGAGUUGUCGAGUCAUAUAUUGAAUUGGGGAUUAAUGAGAGAGAAACCGUUGGAUCAGGUAAUGAUGACGGCGCCAACUCUCAAUCUGCUGGCCUUCAACCUAACAUGACUAGACCUGGUGUGAAGUACCAAGUAUAUCGGGAACAUUUUGUCAAACGACUCUUGGAGGAAACUCUUAACUAUUAUACAACAGAAUCUACAACUUUUCUUCAAAGUUAUAGUGUUGGUGAACGUCUUAACGAAGAACGUGAUCGUUGUCAACUUUAUUUGGACUACACAACUUUAGAUUCUCUACUCAAAGUUUGUGACGACGCUCUUAUUUGCAAUCAUUUGGAAUUAUUUCAUAAUGAAUUUGAAGCACUUCUCAGUCAACGACAAUGUGAGCAUUUGGGACGAAUGUAUGAUCUUUGCCACCGUGUCACUGGUGCUUUAGAUAAGUUGAAGCAGAUACUUGAGAUAUACAUUACGAGAGAGGGGCGUGCUGCUAUUGAACAAAUUGCUCAAAAUGCAAUGAGUGACCCAAAAUAUUAUAUAACAACAAUUCUUCAACUUUAUGAUGUUUAUAAUAAUUUGGCUAAUAAAGCAUUUAAAUUAGACCAUGGAUUUGUUGAGGCAAUGGAUAGAGCAUUUACUCGUUUUGUUAAUGAAAAUGAAAUUACUCGUUUGGCAAAAAGUGCUUCGAAAUCUCCACAACUUUUGGUUUUAUAUUGCGAUCAAUUGUUGCGUAAAAAUGCAAAGAAUGUUGAAGAUGAAAGAAUGGAUGAAUAUUUGGAGCAAGUGAUGACUGUUUUUAAAUAUAUUGAAGAUAAAGAUAUGUUUCAGGCAUUUUUCCAUAAAAUGCUUUGUAAACGUCUUGUUACAGAAGCAAGUGCUAGUGAGGAAGCUGAGCGUUCAAUGAUUGCUAAACUUAAACAUAUGUGUGGAUUUGAAUAUACAAGUAAAUUGGAGCGACUUUUGACUGAUGUUGCAUUGAGUAGAGACAAUUCUGACAUUUUUAGAAAGCAAGCUACAAGACGGGAGGUUGAUUUUUCGGUUAUUGUCGUUAUGUCUAAUGUUUGGCCUCUUACUCAACCAAUUUUAUUUGAGAUUCCCUCUCCGUUAAUGAAUUGUAUUGAAGAUUUUACGAGAUAUUAUUCUGGAAAAUACACAGGUCGAAAAUUAAAUUGGGUUUUGCAAAUGUCUCGUGGUGAAUGUAAUACUCAACAAAUUUCUUUAUUAAUGCUUUUUAAUGAAAGAAAUGUUUAUAAACAAUCUGAUUUGGAAACUAUUUUAAAAUUACCAAAAGACCAAUUAAUUCCAGCUUUACAUUCUUUACUUAAAGUUGGAUUACUUUUAAGUGUUAGUGGGAAUGAUAAAUCUUCGAAAAAAUCGAGUACUGAUGAAGUGGAUAAUAAAAAUGAUGAUAAAGAAUUACAAUUAAAUAAUGGAUUUACAAAUAAAAAACUUAAAGUUGAUUUAAUUCGAGCAAUGGUUUCAUCAAAAGAACAGAAGAAGGACAAUGAAGAAGUACAGAAAUGUGUUGAUGAGGAUAGAAAAAUUGUUAUUCAAGCUGCAAUUGUACGUAUAAUGAAGAUGCGAAAGACUUUAAAACAUCAACAAUUAGUUGGAGAAGUACUUAACCAAUUAACUGCUCGAUUUCAGCCAAAGGUGCCUUUAGUUAAGAAAUGUAUUGAUAUGUUAAUUGAAAAGGAAUAUUUAAAACGUGGUGAAAAUGAGCGUGACUCAUACGAGUAUUUGGCUUGA